CUGUGUCGUAUUGGCUUGACCGUAUGGCAGUCUUGUUAAAAAAAUGACAACUUGCUUCUGCGGUAGGUGUACUUCCUUUCCCACUAAAAAAAGGUGUAGUUCCCUCCAUUAUGAAGAGCAAGAACUCCUUAAUCUUCAUCCAGAAUUAGCGCUAUCCCUGCCCCCUCUUUCUCCCAAAAUCUACACAAGAGAGCAGAGCUAUGGAGGCCACGGUGGUGAGCGUUGGCAAGUCCGUGCUGAAUGGAGCUCUCAACUACGCCAAAUCCAUGCUGGCGGAGGAGAUCGCCCUGCAGCUCGGCGUCCAGCGCGACGUUACCUUCGUCGCGGACGAGCUGGAGAUGAUGCAGUCAUUCCUGAUGACAGCAGAUGAUGAGCAAGAUGAGCAGAAGGUGCUCAAGACCUGGGUGAAGCAGGUCCGCGACCUGGCCUACGACGUCGAGGACAACCUCCAGGAUUUCGCCCUUCACUCCGACAAGAAGCCAUCUCGGUGGUGCAUCAUCUGCACCCUGUGGGAGAGGCGCGGCAUUGCUAAGGGGGUGAAGGAGCUCAAGGCCAGGGUGGAGGACGUGAGCAGCAGGAACUUGCGUUACCGCCUCAUCAAGGAUGGAUCUGCCUCCAAGCCUGCCGCUGCGGCCGAGCAGGCUGCCACUGCCGACGCGGCGGUAUUCGGCUUUGGCAUCGAGGAAAACUCCAUGGUGAACCUUGCGGAUCUGAUCAGCAGCAAGGAGGUGGAUCUCAGAGUAAUCUCAGUGUGGGGAACAGGCGGAGACCUCGGAAAGACGUCCGAAAUCAGGAAGGUCUACGACGACGAAGCAGUAAAGAAGAAGUUCGGUUGCCGCGCAUGGGUUAGGUUGAUGCGUCCUUUCAAUCCCAGGGAGUUCAUCAAGAACCUUGUGAAGCAGUUCUACGAAAAUUCUCCCGACUCAAUUGAAAAGGGUCACGAAGGCACAACUGUAGGGGCUAAUGCUCUCAUGAAGAUCGAGAAGAUGGAGCAGAUGGAUUUGGUCUUAAAUGAGUUCCAUCAACAGGUGAAUGGCAAUCAGUACCUGAUUGUGAUUGACGACCUGUCCACAAUUGUUGACUGGGAUUGCAUCAAAACGUACUUCCCUGACAGGAAGAAUUGUAGCCGCAUCAUAGUUUCAGCACAGCAAGCUGAAGUUGCAAGCUUGUGCACCGAGCAACCAUAUCAAAUGUCAGAGCUCAAGUGGGUGUCAGCUGAGCAAACUCUCUAUCUCUUCUACAAGAAGGUCGAGCGUGCUGUUGGUCUCGGCUCCGGCUCAAAUGCUCCUGCUGGUGAGAACCGAAUAGCCCCUGUCGCCUCCAGCUCCUCGAAUCCUCCAAAGGAACCGAAGUUGGCGGAUGGAGAUGUCCUUGGUGGGGGAAGGGCGACAAAGGCAUUGGCUUUCGAGGAAGCGCUGCUCAUCGGGCGAGCAGAGGAGAAAGCUCAAGUCAUCGAAAUGAUUAGCAAGCCCGAGCAGCGUUCCGUGGUCUCGGUGUGGGGGAUGGGAGGCAUUGGGAAAACCACUCUUGUCAAGGGCGUCUACCAAAGCCCGGAGCUUGCUGGCCUCUUUCGGAAGCAUGCUUGGGUCACUGUGAAGCAUCCAUUUAGCCUCGAGGUGUUCCUCAGGGGGCUGGCAGAGAGAUUACAGGAAAAUGCACAAUCGAUUUCUGCUGGGGAGAACAAAAGGCCAGACAUCACCAGGAUGGCACGGGGAAAUGGCAAAAAUCUAGCGACCAUGAAAUACGAGGAUCUGAAGCGUGAGCUAGCUGGGCUUCUACAGGAGCCCGAGUGCCUCAUUGUUCUUGAUGAUGUAUCGUCCACUCUAGAGUGGGACUCCAUCAUAAAGUACAUGGGACAAGCUAGACGGAUCAUAGUCACCACAAGGGAAAGGAGUGUCGCGAAACAUUGUUCUUCCAAGGAAGGCGAUGACAUUAACAUCUACCAGCUUCACGCCAUGGGAGAGAAGGAUGCCCUCGACCUCUUCAAAAAGAAGGUAUUCAAGAAGGAUGAAUACAAUGAUUUAAGAUCUGAUCUGGAGGAGCAAGCAAAACUUAUCCUAAGGAAGUGCCGUGGACUUCCCCUCGCAAUUUCUACCAUUGGCGGCUUUCUAUCUGAUAAACCUAGAACUGCGCUUGAAUGGAAGAAGUUGAAUGAUCAUAUUAGUGCUGAAUUGGAGAUUAAUACAGAACUUUACAUGAUAAAGGCAAUCCUUAUGAAGAGUUAUAAUGGCUUGCCAUAUCAUCUCAAGUCCAGCUUCUUGUAUAUGUCCAUUUUUCCUCAAGACCACAAAAUUAGGCGGAAACGUUUGGUGAGGCGGUGGAUCGCAGAGGGCUACUCAAGUGAAAUGCGUCACAUGUCUGCCGAAGAAGUUGGAGACAAGCACUUGGCUGAACUUUUCGACAGGAGUAUGAUCCUACCAACGAACAGAGUAACUCAUAGCACUGGAAAAAUUGAUUCUUGUCAACUUCAUGACCUGAUCCGUGACAUCAGCAUAUCCAAGUCUAUGGAGGAAAACCUUGUUUAUAUACUGGAGGAGGGGUGCAGCUCAAAGGUACAAGGAACGAUUCGUCACCUUUCAGUAAGUAGCAAUUGGGCCAGAGAAAAGGAUGUCUUCGAGAGCAUAUUGGACUUGUCCCACGUGCGAUCAUUGACUGUAUUUGGAGAGUGGAGAUCAUUUCUAAUUUCUGACAAGAUGAAAUUGCUUCGGGUGCUUGAUCUGGAAGACACAUCAGGUUUAAGAGACCAUGAUCUCGCUCACAUUGGGAAGCUCCAUCACCUCAGAUAUCUUUCCCUUCGAGGAUGCAGGGGUGUUACACAGCUGCCAGAUUGCUUGGGCAAUCUGAGGCACCUCCAGACACUGGACGUCAGAGAUACAUUCAUAAUGGUUUUGCCAAAAACUGUUGUCAAUCUUGAGAGGCUUCAGUAUCUGCGUGUUGGCUUUGUGCGACAGGAUGUGCAUAAAGACGACAUAUAUGAAAAGUUCGUGGACAAAAUUUUGCAGCAAAUAUCUGCUACGGGGGCAUGCCGCAAUUGGUGUUGUUUCUAUUCCUGCUCGCUGCUGGACUUGUGUGCAUACCAAUGCAGACCAAAACUCCUACAUGCCGACAUGAACAGUCAAGAUAUCUCAAAGUUCUGUAGCUUCUUUCUUACCGCUGGCUGGAUGCAUCAUACUCUACAUGGUUUAAGAGUUACCAGAGGGAUCGGGGACUUGAAGGCCCUGCACACACUAAGUGUCGUCAACGUUGCCUGGGGGAAACACACAAUGAAAGUGCUUAAAAGGCUUACACAUCUGCGUAAGUUGACAGUGACCGGCGUCUACGACAGGAACAGCAAGGACUUCUGGUCUGCAAUUGCCAAUCAUAAUCGGCUGCGAUCUUUGUCUGUGCAGCGGUUGUCUGAAUCAGUGGGGAUGCCAACCUUAGAUGGUUGUUUAGGUGAGACAACGUCCAUGGAUGGAACCGCCGUCAAUGGGCCAGCUGUGGCGGAGGCCCCAGAUACUGUCAAUGGCGGCUCGUCCUCAGGUGGCACCUCGCAGUCUAAACUCCGGCGCUCGCUGGCGGGCGAGGUGCUCUUUCCUCCGAAAGAUCUCGAGAGUCUCAAGGUGGAAGGCAAGCUAGUCAACAUACCGCAGUGGAUCCACCAGCUCCAGAAUCUAUCCAAGUUGCAGCUAUGCUACACCCGGCUGGAGCUGGAUGCGAUUCAGGUCAUUGGGAGGCUACCGAACCUCUCGAUCCUGCGCCUGAGGUCUUUGUCUUUUCUAGGCAAAGAGCUCCAUUUCUUGCGCUCGUCGUUCCCGAGUCUCGUUGUGCUGGAGCUCUCUGACUUGCCGCAGGUCCAGCUGGUGUAUUUCGAAGAGAGAACAAUGCCUUGCCUUGAAGUGCUCCAAGUCUCCAGUUGCCUGAGCAACGGUGUUCUAUCAGGGCUUCGGCUUCUGACAAGCCUCAAGGAAGUUUCACUGACGAGGGUGCACUACUCGUCGAUCGUGCGAGUGCAGAACCAACUCAAAGAGUGUGCAAAGCCUGUCAAUUUGAAGGUGAACUUUGGAGAGAGAUUGUAAGCCGACCAGUUUUGCAGGAACCAACAUGCUCAUAAACCGCCUUUUGUUGUUGCACAAUGCACACGUCCGUGUGCUGCAAUCGGUGGCAAUCGGCAAAUUAGAGAGCCCCAUGCUCUGAAUCAACAGUUGGGUUUUGCCGUCAUCAUUAGCCAGACCAUGCUUCUUCUAUGUGAGAUAGGCGCUAUUUGGGGGAGCUAGAGAUUGUCCAAAGCUGCUAGAAGCAUCUGAUCUGAGAAGCACGGGUUUGAGCAGCUUGCCUAUUCGGCAACUCAACUUUUGGAUGACUGGCUGGUUUUCUUAGCUGAAGCUUGACCGUCUGAAAUACCCUGGAGGAAAUGUUUUCCUGAUUCUAUGCUAAGUCCUACUUAGUACUAAGAGUUUUAAUUUCUUUUGAUGGUUUCAUAUGAACUUCAGUGUUGCCAUGGGUUCGCCCUCAUUCUGUACCAACAAAAUCCACAUAAUUUUUCGUUUGAAUGGAAUCCACUGAUAUUCACAGAAGACUCAUGAAAUUCUAUA